CAGCUGUCUCUACAGUGGGGUUGUUUGACAUUGCGUGCAAAAGGACGCCAUAUCGCAGUAAAAUUGAUUUUUCUGUGAAUUUUCCGGCUUGAUUGUAAUUGAGGGUGUCCAGUGUGUGCCCCACGAGGGCCCCAAAAUAGUGUGCAAUUGUUUGAAUUUUCUGAAGGACUGAAAGGGAUAUUUUGGGGGACAAAAUAAAAUUGAGUGGAGAGAGUGUUCUUCGAGCUGUCACUUUGAGACAGAGACGCCGGGGCGCUCUUCGGACACCACAAAAGCCCCCAUUCCAUUGGACAAAUGGCUGGUAUCACGGCGUUCAAAUGGAAGAAGGUGGUGAAUUCGACGGGGCCCCAACCACGUCCCCGUCACGGUCAUCGUGCUGUGGCCAUAAAGGAACUGAUGGUGGUCUUUGGGGGCGGAAAUGAGGGAAUUGUCGAUGAAUUGCACGUCUACAAUACAGUGACAAAUCAAUGGUAUGUGCCAGCAACAAAAGGUGAUAUACCACCGGGUUGUGCGGCAUAUGGCUUCAUUGUGGAUGGUACGAAAAUUUUGGUAUUUGGCGGAAUGGUGGAAUAUGGGAAGUAUUCGGCGGAUUUGUAUGAAUUGCAAGCAACAAAGUGGGAAUGGCGCAAAUUGAAGGCACAACCACCGGAAAAAGGUGGUGGAUUGUCACCGUGUCCGAGAUUAGGACACAGUUUCACCCUGGUCGGUGAUAGGGUCUUCCUAUUUGGUGGAUUGGCCAAUGAGAGUGAUGAUCCGAAGAAUAACAUUCCCAAGUACCUCAAUGACCUCUAUGUCCUCAAUAUUCGACAAGAUCCACCAAUUUGGGAGAUUCCAGAGACACAGGGGGAACGUCCACCGCCCAGGGAGUCACAUACGUGUGUCCUGUGGCAGGAUAGUAACAAAAGGAGUCAUCUGGUGAUUUAUGGUGGCAUGAGUGGGUGUCGUUUGGGUGAUUUGUGGCUGUUGGACACGGAAGAGAUGACAUGGAUGAGACCAGUGACAUCGGGAAAAGCACCAUUGCCACGAUCACUUCAUACGAGCACACUAAUUGGCAAUAGGAUGUUCGUUUUUGGGGGCUGGGUGCCUUUUGUGGCGGACGAAGGAAAGAUUGCAGCUGAGAAGGAAUGGAAGUGCACAAAUACACUGGCAUGUCUCAAUCUCGAAUCAAUGACGUGGGAAGAAUUAUCCUUGGACACGUCGACGGAGACUGUGCCACGUGCCCGGGCAGGACACAGUGCUGUAGGUAUUCAGAGUCGUCUGUACGUUUGGAGUGGUCGAGAUGGUUAUAGAAAGUCCUGGAACAACCAGGUCAGGGUUUGUUGCAAGGAUCUGUGGUAUUUGGAAGUUGAAGUACCACCACCUGCCACCAGAGUUGCCCUGAUUAGGGCAUCAACGAAGAGUUUAGAAAUGUGUUGGGGUGCCAUUCCAACGGCACAGAAUUAUCUGUUGGAAAUUCAAAAGAUAGAUGUUGCACCCAAAGUUGUAGUAACAUCAGCAGCAACACCAACACCAUCUUCUGCUCAAUCCACCAUCACAGCACCAUCACAGCGCCCUCGUGUUCUUGUUCCGCCAAAUGUCCAAAUUCUCGUGCAGGAUACCAAGAAUCCAGAAAUAUACUAUCAGGCACUUCAGCCAGAUGCAGCAAAGAAACAGCAAUACACGAAUCCAAACAUCAAAGUGGCCAAUCAGCAGGUGGGCAUUAGAAUUCCGAAUGCUCGAACGCCAACAAUCAUCCGGCGGCCUCCAUUGCAACGUGUUGCAGCUGUUACGAAGCCAUUUGUGUUGCAGAAACAAGUGACACCUGUUGGUACGUCAUCGAGUACGAUAGUCCAACCGAUAGUUGCGUCACCCGCCACGGUGGCAGCAGCAUCGGCAUCGGCAGCAGCAGCAGCACCGGCCAAGGGACAAAUUCUCAAAUUGGUGAAAACGAGCCAGGGAAUGGCGGUGCAGACAUUGCCAAAAGUGACAGUUGUGAGUGGUGGGGGCGCUGCAGGUGGCAGGGGAACAAAUGUGAUUGGGAAUAGUGGUGGAAUUGGUGGAGUGUCAGUGGCGGCAGGGACAGCAGGGACAGCAGGAGCAGGAGGAGGAGCUGUGGGUGCUGUCCCUAAGGCACCAAUUGUCUCGAAUGUUGUGAAGAUAGUGUCGUCAAUGGAUAAGUUUGUGUUGAAGAAUUCUCUAACAGGUGGCGCUGGGGGAGUGACGGUAGGUGGCGUUGCUGGAGCAGGAGCAACAGGAGCAGCAACUGCAGUGACAGGAGGAGGAGGAGGAGGAGGAGGGGCAGGUAGUGGUAAACAGCAAAUAGUUAUUGCAAAUCAACGAAGUGUUGUGCGUCCCCAUCAGCAAUUUAUCGUUGUUAGUAGUGGUGGGGGUGGUAUUAGGCCAAUUGGUUCGAGCCCUCUGGUGGCAACAAAUAGUACAGUUGGUACAUUGGCAGUGCCAUCUAGUAGUACACUGUUGACAACAAAGCAAUUGCAGCGACCAAUAACAAUAACAAUGGCCGGUGGCGGGAAGCAGGCUCAUGUGUUGCAAAUGGCACCAUCAAAGGGUGGAACAGUUGGUACAACGUCACUGCAAUUGGAUCAGGGAAAGGCCAUAACGGUUCAAUUGCCAAAAACCAUGACAAUUGUCUCAUCAUCGGGCACAUCGCAGCAACAAGAGAGGAUUCAAGUUAUGCUACCGAAACAGAUGGCGCGCGUGGCAAAGAAGGAGAUUGAAGGUGGUGAAGUGGAGCAAUUGGAUGGUGCCUGGGAUGAAUUGCAGGUGUUCAUGAGGCGUCAGGGAAGGACACCAAAGUGUCCUGGAUUGCGCGGUGGUGCUCCACCGGAUGAAAUGAAAAAGACUGGAGGUGUUCGAGGUAGUACCUUGAGAAUGAACCAGGAAGAUGAUGAUGAUGGUGGUGGGGACGAUGGUAGCGGCGGCGGCGGUGAAGACAAUAUGCUCUGGAUGACGACACUGCCUAAAGACAGAACGAAUGAGAAUGAUGAAGUAGCAAAAGAUUGCCAAAAUCAAGAUGGGAGAAGUAUCUAUGAUAAGGAUACUGCUGAGAAUGAUGUUGAAGCUGCAAAUGUUCUAACAUCGAUCAAAUGUGGUGAUGUUAGUGGGCAAUCUCUGAAUCUCGAUGAAGGGAUAAUUGGUGGAUCAUCUCUGAAUGACAUUAAGACGUACGUUGUGUACAAGAAUGCCCAGGAGAGUGGUAAGGAUGAGGGUGAUCAGGAACAGACAACUCUUGAUACAUUGGCUCAAGCGGCCGUUCAACAUUCAAAUCGUCAGCAAAUUGAUACAAUUGCCUCAAAGACGAUCGUUGAAUCACAGCAAAAGUCACAAGUUUCGGAAGAUGGCAAUGAAAAUCCAUGGUGUACUGUUGGUAUUUUCAAAGAAGUCACGCAUACUGUUACGAGUUUUAUAGCACCAGACGAAUGGAAUAGUUCAAUGGUGCCCCAUUUGACGUCAGACAGUCUUCCGGAUCUGUCCCAGAUGACCCGGGUGCCACUUGAACAGGGUACAGCCUAUAAAUUUCGUGUGGCAGCCAUUAAUGGAUGUGGUCGUGGUGAUUGGGGAAAAGUUAGUAGUUUCAAGACAUGCCUACCCGGUUUUCCAGGUGCACCGUCCACCAUAAAGAUCAGCAAAUUAACCGAUGGGGCACAUUUGAGUUGGGAGGCACCACCAACAACUGAAGGUGGAAUACUGGAGUAUUCGGUGUAUUUGGCUGUGAAAUCUGUGGCAGCAAAAGAGAGUGAGACAUCUGUGGCUCAGUUGGCAUUUGUACGUGUCUACUGUGGUCCAAAUAAUCAGUGCACAGUUCCAAAUAGUUCAUUUUUGCUGGCACAUGUUGACUAUACCAGCAAACCCGCCAUUAUCUUUCGUAUUGCGGCCAGAAAUGAGAAGGGUUACGGGCCAGCAACGCAAGUUAGAUGGCUUCAAGAUCCUCACGUAGCUAAAAUGAUGCAGUCAACGUCCAAGAGGAGCAGUGACAAAGCACCAUAUCAACCAUCGAAACGUAUCAAAGGUCCACCUGUGUCCAAAAGUGAAGCUUAAAACUUAAACAGCAGCAAAUGGAUCUUAUUAAAAAAAACAA